AUGGCAACACCUCCGCGCAGUCUCCGCUUCGUCGACGUGGUUGCUUGGGACCCGUCCUCCCCGGAAUGGCAUCGACUGCUGCGCCAGCUCCCAGCGCACGAGCAGCAGCAGGUGACACGCUUCAUGUUCGCUAAGGACCAGAAGCUGGCGCUGGCCAGUCGUUUGAUGCAGCGGCAGCUCAUUCACGAGCUCUUCGGCGUCGACUACAAGGGCAUCGACAUUGCGCGCACGCCCGAGAAUAAGCCGUAUUGGAAGCGACCGGCGGAGGGGGCUGCCCCUCCAUCAUGGAACUACAACGUCUCGCACCAUGGCACUAUUGUGGCAAUUGCCAGUGAUUCCCGCGCUCUAGUGGGCGUGGACGUCGUGCGGCUUACAGAUCGUCCGAAGAGAAAGAUGUCGGUGGAGGAGUUCUUCCGAGCUUUUGCAGACUACUUUAACCCUAGAGAAUGGGGAUACAUCCAACAGACCGACGACGAAGAUGACCAAUACACUCGAUUCUAUCGACUUUGGUCGCUGAAGGAGGCGUACAUCAAGGCGGUGGGCAUCGGUCUGGGCUUUUCGCUGCUGCGAGCUGAGUUUCGUUGCGUACGGGCCGUUCUCGGCAGUGUGGAAGCCUGA